CUGCUUGUUGUUGAUGCGGAAGAGAGAGAGAGAAACCGUCAGGACCGAGGCUGUUAAAAAAUGAGACAUAAGUAGCAAAUAGCAUUAAAAGACGAGAGAGAGAGACUGCUUAUAGCUUUAUUUUUAAACGACGGGCAAAAGUUGGACCGACAUUACAAGCGCUGAUGGCAGGUGGUAAUUUACAGAAAGCUAUAGAUCUGGCCAGCAAAGCUGCAGAGGAAGACAAAGCCAAAAACUAUGAAGAAGCACUCAGAUGUUAUCAGCAUGCAGUGCAGUACUUCCUUCAUGUUGUCAAGUAUGAGGCUCAGGGUGAGAGAGCAAAGCAGAGCAUCAGGGUCAAGUGUGCCGACUACCUGGACAGAGCCGAGCAGCUGAAGGAAUAUCUGAGGAAGAAGGAGAAGAGUCCUCCAUCCAAACCUGUCAAAGAGUCUGAUGACAAAGGGAGUGAAAGUGAUGAAGGGGAAGACAAAGAGAAGAAGAAGUUCCAAAAUCAACUCUCAGGUGCCAUUGUCAUGGAAAAGCCAAACAUCAAGUGGGACGAUGUAGCUGGACUUGAAGGGGCCAAAGAAGCCUUAAAGGAAGCCGUCAUCCUGCCUAUCAAAUUCCCUCAUCUGUUCACAGGAAAGCGAACUCCUUGGCGGGGGAUCCUUCUCUUUGGCCCUCCAGGAACAGGAAAAUCCUACCUGGCCAAGGCAGUGGCCACAGAAGCCAACAACUCCACCUUCUUCUCCAUCUCCUCCUCCGACCUCGUCUCCAAGUGGUUGGGGGAAAGCGAAAAGCUGGUGAAGAACCUGUUCACUUUAGCUCGAGAACACAAACCAUCGAUCAUUUUCAUUGAUGAGAUCGACUCCCUCUGUGGAUCCAGGAGCGAGAACGAGAGCGAGGCAGCGCGCAGGAUCAAGACGGAGUUCCUCGUUCAGAUGCAGGGUGUUGGAAAUGAUAAUGAGGGAAUCCUGGUCCUGGGAGCCACAAAUAUACCAUGGACACUGGACUCUGCUAUCAGGAGGAGGUUUGAAAAGCGAAUCUACAUUCCUCUGCCUGAAGAACACGCCCGCUCCUUCAUGUUCAAACUGCAUCUGGGAUCCACCCCCAAUGACCUGACGGAGGCCGACUUCAUCACUCUGGGCAAAAAGACAGAGGGCUACUCUGGGGCUGACAUCAGUAUUAUUGUCAGGGACGCCCUCAUGCAGCCUGUCAGGAAGGUUCAGUCAGCCACUCACUUCAAAAAGGUUCGGGGCUCAUCAUGGAACAAUCCGGGUGUCGUGGUGGAGGACCUCCUGACUCCAUGCUCUCCGGGGGAUCCCAACGCCGUACAGAUGACAUGGAUGGACGUUCCUGGGGAGAAACUUCUGGAACCAGUCGUGUCCAUGGCUGACAUGCUGAGGUCACAGACAAACACCAAGCCAACAGUGAAUGAGCAGGACUUGGAGAAGCUGAAGAAGUUUACUGAAGAUUUUGGUCAAGAGGGGUAGCACUAUUCACACUCUACUCAUGCAUAGGACUACAACUCACAGUUAAUUCCUCUGUCAGUUAUGGGUUUGAUUGAUCAGUUAGUCUUUAGGUAUAUAAAAGGCCACUGGAGCCAAAGUUCUUAGUUUCUUAGUUUGACUGUACCCAAAGUAUACAUUAAAGUAACUAACUGCUAUGACGGCAAAUGCUUACUGUUCUUAAAACUGACUUACACGAUUAAUUGGUGAUCAAAAGCCUUUUUAUUACUUUUCAAACUAUACUAAUCAAUAUACUAAUCAACUUUUUCCUAUUUAUUAUAUCAAUCCACUGAGGCUCAUGUUUACAUCCACACAUUUGCUACACAAGUUUUCAUAUUUCUUUCAGUUAUUGAUUUUAUCUUGCAUGUCUCAAACCAAAUUCUCUUUAUUUUUUUAAAGGAUAAUUUCUGUCUGUCAGUGUAGUGUAAGUGGUGAUUCUACAGUGGGUAAAUGUACCUUUCCAACACUACAUACCUCCUGUUGUAGUCUAAGGGGGACUUGUAUUAGGCUAAAUAGACUUAGUCUCAGGGUGGGAUUUUUGUAAAUGUGAACUUAUACUUUUACACUUUGAAAGCCCACUCUCUUUCAAACAUCUAAGUAACCUUUGAAUGAUUCUUUUGGAUUGACACCUGCUCAGUUUGAGGGAUGUAAUUAUGCACAUUCAGGUGUGAGGCCAUUUUAAAAGCAACAUCAAUGAAUAAACUGUACUACAUACAAAGUUGGCAUUACCAGCUUCAAAAAGGG